AUGGAGGCGGCAUCGGAGCCAGGUGCCUUCCCCGCGGAAACGGAGGUCGAACCAUGCCCAGAGCUGCCUGCGCAGCGGGCGCUGAGCGUGGCGGAGCUGGAUCGUGAGCUGGACUCCCGCAGCGAGCUGAUUGAUGACAAAGAAUUCGACAUUCCUCAAGUUGAUACUCCUCCAACACUGGAGAGCAUCUUAAAUGAGACUGAUGAUGAAGAGGAGUCUUUCAUUUUGGAGGAUCCCUUCCUCCUGAGCGUGGAUAACACAGACACGCACUCCUAUGACACAUCUUCUGUGGCCAGCUCUGACAGUGGGGACCGGACACACCUGAAAAGGAAGAAGAAGCUGCCAGACUCUCUCUCCCUGCAUGGGUCGGUCACGAGGCUGUCGCUUCUCAAGGGGAUCUCUGCCCAGAUUGUGUCUGCAGCAGACAAAGUGGAUGCUGGCUUGCCCACUGCCAUUGCAGCAUCAAAUCUGAUAGCAGUGGGGACUUCCCAUGGGUUAGCAUUGAUAUUUGAUCAGAACCAGGCUCUGCGGCUGUGUCUGGGCAGCACUGCUGUUGGGGCCCAGUAUGGAGCUAUCUCUGCUCUCAGCAUCAACAAUGACUGCUCCAGGCUGCUGUGUGGCUUUGCAAAAGGACAGAUCACGAUGUGGGACUUGGCCAGUGGGAAGCUGCUACGAUCCAUAACAGAUGCCCACCCCCCAGGAACAGCCAUUCUGCACAUCAAGUUUACAGAUGACCCAACGCUUGCCAUCUGCAAUGACAGUGGAGGCUCCGUCUUCGAGCUGGCCUUUAAGAGGGUUAUGGGAGUGAGAACGUGUGAAUCUCGGUGUCUCUUUAGUGGCUCAAAGGGGGAAGUUUGCUGCAUCGAGCCGUUACAUGCCAAAGUUGAGCUGAGAGACCACCCUAUCACCCAGUACUCCCUGCUGGCCAUGGCCUCCCUAACCAAGAUCCUGGUGAUUGGCCUGAAGCCAUCUCUGAAGGUGUGGAUGACCUUUCCUUAUGGCCGUAUGGACCCUUCCAGUGUCCCUCUUCUGGCCUGGCACUUCGUGGCUGUACAGAACUCUGUGAACCCUAUGCUUGCCUUCUGUCGAGGAGAUGUGGUUCAUUUUCUCCUGGUGAAGAGAGAUGACACAGGUGCAAUACAUGUCACUAAGCAGAGGCAGCUUCAUCUGCACUAUGACCUCAUCAACUUCACUUGGAUCAACUCCCGCACAGCUGUGCUGCUGGACAGCCUGGAGAAGCUGCACAUCAUUGACCGCCAGACGCAGGAGGAGCUGGAGACCAUGGAGAUGGCAGAGGUGCAGCUGGUCUACAACAGCAGCCACUUCAAAUCGUUGGCCACAGGAGGCAACGUCAGUGAAGCCCUGGCACUGGUUGGAGAGAAAGCUUGUUACCAAUCCAUCAGCAGCUGUGGGGGGCAGAUCUUCUACCUUGGGACUAAGUCUGUUCAUGUCGUGACACUGAGGAGCUGGAGAGAGAGAGUUGACCACCUGCUGAAACAAGAGCGUCUCACGGAUGCCCUGGCUCUGGCUUGGUCAUUCUUUGAAGGCAAAGCAAAGGCUGUAGUAGGCUUGUCUGGGGACACAAGCAAGCGGAAAGCAGUGAUUGCAGACAGGAUGGUUGAGAUCCUUCUCCAUUAUGCUGAUCGAUCUUUGAAGAAAUGUCCUGAGCAAGGCAAAAUCCAGGUCAUGGAGCAGCAUUUUCAGGAUGUGGUGCCUGUCAUUGUUGACUACUGCCUCUUGCUCCAGCGCACGGAUCUAUUAUUUAACCAGAUCUACGAUAAGAUGAGUGAGAACUCUGUAGCUAAAGGCAUCUUUCUGGAGUGCUUGGAGCCAUAUAUCUUAAGUGACAAGCUGAUGGGAAUCACAGCUCAGGUAAUGAAAGAUUUGCUGCUUCACUUCCAAGACAAGAAGAGGCUGGAAAACUUGGAAUCCUGCAUUGUGCAUAUGGAUAUCACCAGCUUAGACAUUCAGCAGGUAGUUCUCCUCUGCUGGGAAAACCACCUCUAUGAUGCCAUGAUCUAUGUGUACAACAGUGGCAUGAACGACUUCAUCAGCCCCAUGGAGAAGCUGUUCAAAGUCAUUGCUCCUCCACUGAAUGCUGGGAAGUCUCUCACAGAUGAGCAGGUGGUAAUGGGCAACAAGCUGCUUGUGUAUAUAAGCUGCUGCCUGGCAGGCCGUGCAUAUCCCUUGGGUGACAUUCCUGAAGAUCUGGUGCCUUUGGUUAAAAACCAGAUCUUUGAGUUCCUGAUCCGGCUGCACUCCACUGAGGGCUCGGUGGAGGAGGAGCUGUACCCCCACGUGAGGACCCUGCUGCACUUCGACACUCGCGAGUUCCUCAACGUCCUCGCGCUGACUUUUGAAGACUUUAAGAAUGACAAGCAAGCUGUGGAGUAUCAGCAGAGAAUUGUGGACAUACUUUUGAAGGUGAUGGUGGAGAACUCUGACUUCACUCCAUCGCAGGUUGGUUGUCUCUUUACCUUCCUUGCCCGACAGCUUGCCAAGCCCAACAACACCUUGUUUGUGAACAGGACGCUGUUUGACCAGGUGCUGGAGUUCCUGUGCAGCCCAGAUGAUGACUCGCGCCACGCGGAGCGGCAGCAGGUCCUCUUGGAAUUGCUGCAGGCAGGAGGGAUUGUCCAGUUUGAAGAGAGUCGUCUGAUCCAGAUGGCAGAGAAAGCUGAAUUCUUCCAGAUCUGUGAGUUCAUGUACGAGCGGCAGCUCCGCUUCGACAAAAUUAUCAGCUGCUACCUGCGGGACCCUCUGAGGAAGGAAGAAGUUUUCAGCUACAUUCACAACAUCCUGUCCAUGCCUGGCUACAGUGCUGAAGAAAAGCAGUUGGUGUGGCAGAAAGCUUUGGAGCACAUAGAGGAGCUGCUGCUGCUGAGCCCCUGUAAAGCAGCUGAGCUGGCAGCCAUUCACUUCAGUGAGCAGCUGGAAAGCAUCAUUGCAAACCUUAAGGACCAGUUCCUACUCUUCCAGUUUCUGAGGAGUCUCCUUGAUCCAAGGGAAGGCAUUAACCAGGACCUGGUUCACUUAGCUCCCUGCAUCACCGAGCGGUUCAUCGAGCUGCUGUGUCAGUACUCCCCAGACCAGGUUUUGGAGACACUUAAAGUUCUGGAAUGCUGCAGACUGGAGGAAACCAUCCAGAUAACCCAGAAACAUCAACUCCAUGAAGCUUCUUCAUAUUUACUGGAGAAGAAGGGAGAUAUCCACGGUGCCUUUCUGGUCAUGCUUGAGUGGCUGCAGGGCAGGUUGCUGGUGCUGACCCAGGCUGAUGAAGGCUCAGCUGAACUCCCCUUGCUAGGAAACAUUGAAGAUACCGUAAUGAAAACAACUGACCUUUGCCGGAGAAACUCACACAGUUUAGACCAACAGCAGCGAGAGGCCCUCUGGUUUCUCCUGCUGGAAGCUAUGAUGUCCCCACAGAAAUUGUCUGGCUCUUCGCAGUACUUUCCUCACCCUCACUGCAAAGCUCUGAAGAGCCUGACGAUGCAGGUGCUGAACAGCAUGGCUGCCUUCAUUGCUCUGCCUGCAAUCCUGCAGAGAAUCCUUCAGGAUCCAGUGUAUGGAAAAGGGAAACUUAGAGAAAUUCAAGGCCUUGUCCUGGGAAUGCUGGACACUUUUAACUAUGAACAAACCCUUCUAGAGACAACUACCAGCCUUCUAAACCAUGAUCUCCACUGGUCCCUGUGUAACCUAAGAGCUUCUGUCACUAGAGGGCUUACCCCGAAGCAGGAUUACUGCUGCAUUUGUCUGCAGCAGUACAAGAGAAGGCAAGAAACUGCUGAUGAAAUCAUUGUAUUCAGCUGUGGCCACUUGUACCAUUCACUGUGCCUGCUGAGCAAAGAGUGUGGGACAGUAGCUAAGGGCCUGAUGAGGUGGAUGUGCUACAAAUGCAACUCGAGUAGCAAGGGAGCAAAGCUGAGCAAGAGCUUCUCGGAGCUGAGAAAAGGCAGUACAGCAUCCUUGGCACAGGUGAGCUCCGAGGCACUGGACCCUCAGCAAAUCCAAGCCUUUGACCAGCUCUGCCGGCUCAACCGUGGCACCUCCAGGCUGGCUCUGCUGACAGAGCUCUCUCGUGGCCAUGGCAGUGAGAAGCCCUUCAGCAUUUCCCAUGGGGACCUGGCCACCAGCAGUGUCUUCCAGAAUGAGAACUUCCAGCUCCACCUGGCCCCCCCACCCCUGGCUGAGGACUAAUGCUGUUGCCUGCAGCCUGAGCAGGGCCAUGGCUGCUCC